UCACAGCGGUUCGCCAAAUCUGCAAUCCCAUCUCUGACCACAAGCCAGUGAUGGCAGACAUCCGGCUACAUUUGGGUAUUGAGAGAGGCAGAGGGUUUUUCAGAGUGAACAGCCAAAUCUUAGAGACCCCAGGAGUGAAAGACUGGGUCUCAGACCAUUUAUCAAGAUGGGAAAGUACAAGGAACUUGUUCGACUCCACUGCCGAGUGGCUGGAUGGCGGCAUCGCCAUCGCAUCCGGAGUGCUAGAUGUCAUCUCACAGAUCCUGGCCAAGUCAAGAAACAAAGAGGAAGCGGAAUGCAAAAGGAGAGUGGAGGAGGCAGAAGAACGAAUGGAAGGGCACCCCAUCUCAAUGAUGGUGUGGGCCGCAGAAAGGGAAAAGAGAAUGGCGGAGUGGGACAACAUUCAGGAGAGCAAACAGAAGAGGUGGCUAGAGCUGUUGAAGGAAAAGAACAUCGAGACAAAUGACAAGAUGUCGAAGGAGACCUUUCAAAAGUUACUCCCUAAACGCAUGCAGCAACAGAUGGUGGAGCUCAAGCAUCCUUUCGAUGAGUCCGCUCCGGUGGCCUGCUCAACACAAGGCAUGCUCCAAUAUGCAAGGAUGUACUACGCUGAUAUUCUCACUACUAGGAGACCGCAGGAUGAUGUGCUCACAGACCUCUCAGCGGAUUCAGACAUGUGGGACAGUACCUCUGUCAAACUUCAAACCACAACAAGGCUAGACCUAGACAGACCAAUCACACUAGAGGAGGCGUCACAAACACUGAAGGUUAUGGCAAGGGGCAAAUUACCAGGGGUUGAUGGGCUGACAGUUGAAUUCUACGCAGCGAACUGGGGAGCGUUUGGCCCCUUACUAGUAGAACUUUACAACAAAGUCCUGGUAGGGGGUAAACCGGGGAAAGGCAUGACUCAUGGAGUGAUUGCAGUGCUCUUCAAGAAAGGCGAUAAGACAGAACUCAAAAAUUGGCGUCCCAUUUCACUUCUGAACGUCUCAUACAAGAUCUUGGCCAAGACCUUAGCGCGUAUACUUUCCAAGUUCCUCCCAGAGCUGGUAGAGCAGGACCAAGGGGCCUUUGUAGAAGGCUCUGAGAGGACUGCAGAGGGUAGAGGAACAUUGGAGGCAGGUCAUAGAGGCAAUGCCACAGGAUUGGAUGGAUCUGCCGGGUCCGCUGGGAGUCGACCCCACGGAUACGUGGUACAUCUCGGAGCAGGAGUCGGAAGGCAACGUCCUGUGGAAGCUGAUGAACUGUUACCCAGUGGGUUUCGGAAGGUAGAGAGAUGGCGUAGCGAAGGGCCGUCGAACACCCUGGCUCUGCUAGGAGAAAAAACGAUCAGAGUAUGGGAUAAUCCGGCACAAGUCCGUGUGGUGGAGGCAAAGAACAGGGGCCCCACUACCCAGGUUCUGGUUCUGAACUAGGUGGGCAAGUCUCCCCUACGA